AUGACUCCAAAACCCGAAUCCGGGUCAGGAAUGGCUGGUGGCGGGGAAGCAAGGCUGGAGGCGGAGCUCGAGGAAAAGAAGAGGGAAAUAGGGUUCCUCAGAGAGAGAAUCGCGUUUGAGAGGCUGGGGAGGAUCAAUGCGGACUUGGAACUGAAGAAGCUGAGGCAAAAAAAAUUGGUGAAGCUGGUCUACUGGACCUCAUUUCCCAAGCUUCUGCUUACAAGUGUUCUUUUAUCGACAAAUAUACUUUCUGUUGGACUAACAUCUCUCUCUUUGACGCCAGCAGGGGGAAAUUUGGGAAUUGAAGAUGAGCGCAAUCCACAAGCAACAUUGGACAGAAAAGAGAGUACUUCAUGUACUAUUAUAGACAAUGGCCAUCAAAGUUCACCAGCAGCAUUCCAGAAAAACCUUCUAACAGGAUCGAACGAACGCAUUGGGAAUCUGAAAAGAAAAUUUGUUUCCUCAAAUAUCAAUAUCUUGGAGGGCUUAGAUAGUGAGGCUUCCUCUGAUAGUUCCAGUUCUAGUUUAUCUUCUGGUUCAUUUGAUAUGGAUAGUCUCCCUGUUACAAACAAUAGGGAAACUAGAGCUGAUGCAACCAGUCUAAGAUUGAACUUAUCAAAAAGGUAA